AUCGACUCAGCAUGCUGCGUUCCUUGCACACACAAACGUAGCCCCCCCGAAAAAAGACAUACUUUAACUGUUUCAAAUAAUUUCAAAUGUGAACACACAUUAUAUUUUAAAUGUGGCUUCUGCUUUGGCGAUACGUGUAAAUGCGAAUGAAAUACCAACUAAAAAGCCAUAACAAUUGCAAAGAGCGCAGCAGACAUACGAACGCAACGACAGUCAAGCAGCCAACACUAAUCGCAAUCGCAUACGUCUGGGGGCCCUAACCGCAUUGGCGAAAAAAUUCCGCACAACAGCAGCAAGUAGCAACACACAAAAAUCGAAAGUACACACACGCGCGCGCAACAGAGGCGGCGGCCGAGCCAAGGAGGAGCAGUAGCAUCAAGCGUAUUCAGCAUUAAUUUAUUUAUUUUUGCUUUGAAUACCGGCAAACCGGGUGAAGAUCGAGCGAAUUGGAAAGAAAAUUCGAGGACGAUGUCCCAGCAUGGGGUUACGGAGGCUUUAGCCGCAGAGCUGGCAAAGGCCGUGGACCUGAUAAUGCAUCCAAUGACCGUGCAACAGGCUCGUCUCGAAGCUUAUAUGGCCUGCGAACGAUUCAAGGAGGAGUCACCGUUGUGCGCCCAAGUGGGUCUCUAUUUAGCCAGCUCGGCUCAAUUCAAUCAGGAAGUGCGGCAUUUCGGACUACAGCUAAUUGAGUACACAAUCAAAUUCAAAUGGAAUUGCAUAACGCACGAGGAGAAGGUGUACAUUAAGGAAAAUGCCAUCAAGAUGCUAAAUAUGGGCGUUGGCCCAGCCGAGGAUCGUACGCUGUUGCAUUUAAAGGACGCUCUCUCGCGAAUCAUUGUCGAGAUGAUCAAGCGAGAAUGGCCGCAACAAUGGUCAGAUCUAUUGCCCGAAUUAUCGCAGGCUUGCAACAAUGGCGAGGCGCAAACGGAGCUAGUUUUAUUGGUCUUUUUGCGUUUGGUCGAAGAUGUGGCCUUGUUACAGACAAUCGAAUCGAAUCAGCGACGCAAGGACAUGUAUCAAGCACUUAACAAUAACAUGAAUGAUAUAUUUGAGUUCUUUUUGCGCCUGAUCGAACAGCAUGUAACUGCAUUCCGUGAAACAACUCGUUUGGGCAACUAUCAUAAAGCAAAUGCCCACAGUCGAGUCGUUGAGAUGGUGUUGCUGACGUUGAGCGGCUUUGUGGAAUGGGUUAGCAUCAAUCACAUCAUGUCGAGCAAUGGCAAACUGAUGCAUUUCCUUUGUAUACUCCUCAAUGAUAAAGCAUUCCAAUGCAAUGCAGCCGAAUGCCUCGCACAAAUCACAAAUCGCAAGGGCCAGACCAAGGAGCGAAAACCCCUACUCCAGCUGUAUGGCGAGGAGCCUUUACGCUACAUCUACACAGCUAGCCAAAUGCAAGUGGACAACAGCAACGUGCAGGCCAUCGAACAGCAUCAUAAUUUUCUGAAGAAACUCAUUCAAGUGCUAAAUGGCAUGGUACAACAACUGGUUGCGCUAUGGGGCAAGGACGAAGGCACACAACGACCCGCACAAUUGAAUGUAAUGUUUGAAUGUUUACUGCUGCUCGUACAGCAUCCAUCGCUGACUGUGGCGCAUGGAGCUGCAUUAAUUUGGCAACUACUGCUGAAGCAUGACGGGUGCUCCAAGGAUUAUCUGAUGGUCAACAACAUUCCCAAGCUAAUACACACUAUUGCGCCACGCAUUGUCAAAAUAACCUAUCCCAGCCAGCAGCCGGACGGGGUUACCCAGUCACCCAAUAGCACAGAAGCUUACAUACGCUUGGAGUACGACAGCGAAGAGGACUUUGCUAUAUAUUUCUUUCGCUGUCGCACAGAUUUCCUUGAGAUCUUUCGACAGGCAACGCUGGUGCAGCCUUUGAUAACGUAUGGCUAUUGUGAGCAGUGGCUGCAGCUUCGACUGCGUCAUGCCCAAUCAGAACCUGAAUGCUCCAGCAUCAAUUGCAGUGUGCUCGAUCCAAUUUACUUGGAAUGGGAUGCAUUGGUCUGUGUCCUGGAUGGUGUACUUAGUCGCAUUUUGUUGGUGGCCGAGCGUCCAGCUGUCGCCGGUGGCCUGCGUUUGUUGGAGGAGUGCCUCAAGCUGGAAACAUCAAAUCCCUUAAUCUAUUCCAUUUUAUUAUCUUGCAUAUCAGCGCUUUUUGUGUUCCUCAGCAUGUCCUCGUGCCAAUUGACGCCCAACAAUUGUGUGGCCAUGAGUGGAGUAGCGCUUCUGCCUCGUGUCCUGGACAAGAUCUUUCGUGCAUUGGUUUUGAAGCCGCCAAACGAACUGGAGAAGGUGCAACAGAAAUCUGCCAAGAAUUUGCGUCGUCAUGCUGCCUCAUUGCUGGUCAAACUGGCUCAUAAAUAUCCGCUGCUUUUGCUGCCCGUUUUCGAGCAAAUCAACAAUCAUGUAGAGUGCCUGCUUAAGGAGCCGUCAUCGCCUCAUCUGUGCCGCAUGAUGCGUACCACAUUGCAGGAGGCGCUCAUCUUAAUCUCGAAUCAUUUUUGUGACUUUGACCGUCAGACACUGUUUAUCGAGCACAUCGUGCAGCGGAAGCGCUCCGAAUGGCUAAGCUUCGGCGAAGCAUUCAAGUCGCCGUUGGAAUUUAUUCGUUUCGUUGGAUUGGAUAAGCCGCCUGUCUAUGAUAUCGAUCGGGAUCCUUCCAUUGUACAACGUUCACGGAUUUUGGAUGCUCUGCAUGUGGUUUUGGGCGUCAUUAAGCGUUGCACUUGGCCCGAUGAUCCGGAUCGUGCCCAGCGUGGAGGUUUUGUCAUUGGCUGCACAGAUCUGGGCAAUCCCAUCUGCAGAAAUCCGGCAACGAAACAUGUGGUGCCGCUUCUCUCACAUGUGCUUAGUUUAAUGCGUGUUCUAAAUGAGCUCUUCCGCCCCGAGGCAUUGGCCGCUCUUUCCGAGGGCUAUCGCAAUAUACACGGCAUGCUGGAGCAUGAGAAGAAGCUGCUGAUGGGCAUAUGCGCCAUACCAGCCGAUCCUCUAGACACGACAAUCAAAACGGAACCAACUGCCUUCGAGAAGAUGCAAACGUUCAUGACUUUGGUCACCGAAGGCUGUUAUCAUUUGAUGGGCUCGGCGGGUCCAUCACUCGGUCGUGAUCUCUACCAGCUGGUGGGUCUAUCCGAUGCCAUAAUCAACAACGUGUUUUGCUGCAUGGACAUCAUACCCGAUUAUCGCAUGCGUCCCAUCAUCCGAGUGUUCUUCAAGCCAUUUGUUUACUCGUGCCCGCCCAGCUACUAUGAGUCGGUGCUGGUGCCGCUAUUUGCUCAUCUAACUCCACUCAUGUGCGAACGCCUGACACGUCGCUGGCUGUACAUUUCUUCGCUGUACGAAUCGGGGCAGUUGAAUGGCGAAGUGAAUGACACACAGGAAGUGCUCGAGGAUCAACUGAAUCGGACGCUAACUCGCGAAUAUUUGGAUGUGCUAAAGAUUGCCUUAGUGGGCGGUCAAAUUGGUGCCGAUCAUGUGAAUGCUGCUGGCGGUGCUAAUGUGGUAGCAAUGGAGAACGAGGAGCACUCCAUGGACAGUGCACCACAAUCACGUGCAGCGCAAUCAGCCCUGCUUUCAGAUACCAUCAGCGAUCUGGGUGGCCAACUGCUGCGCAAUGGUCCAAUUAGCAACUACAUAUUGAUGACACUCCUUAAUGCAAUCGCUUGGAACGAUGGCAUGUGCAACAUGAAGGCUGUUAAUAUAGCGGCGCCUGUUAUGCGUUUCCUUGCCGCCGAGCAGCUGAUGGAUGAGAAUAAGGCAGUGAGUGCUUUUACGGCUGUACUGCAAGGCAUGCAGGUGCAUGGCCAGCAUGAAGCGAAUCAAUCCGGCUUGAUAACACUCGGCGUUCAGUUUUACGAGCUGCUGCGUCCUAAAUUCCCAGUGCUCAGCGAAGUGUUGCAACAUAUUCCAAGCGUCAAUGCGGCGGAUGUGCAAAAGUUCGAUGAGAAAAUCUCUGUGGCUCCGGUCAAAGGCAACAAAGUGGAUCGAGCCAAGAAGGAUAUAUUCAAGAAGCUAACUGCCCAAUUGGUUGGUCGCAGCGUCAAUCAACUGUUUCGCCACGAGGUGCAAAUUGCCAAUUUGCCACCUAUGCAACCAAAUCAAAAGCAUGCCAGCACCAAUAGCAACAUCAUGGACAGCAAUCAGAAUGCCAAUCUGAGCAAGCUGUUCCGCACCGAAAAGUGACAGACGGCGACGACUCGAUGCCGAUGCCGAUGAUGUCGAUGAUAUCGAUGUUGCCGAUGCCGUCCCGCCGCGGCGACGACUGAAAAUAAAUUAAUUGUAAACUAGUUAAGCAGCAACAACAGCAGCAGCAGUAACAGUAGCAGGCGGCGAAGGAGGAGGCGGAGGAGGAGCAGGCGGAACAACUGUAGAAACAGAAACAACAGCCAACAUUGCCAGAAGCAGAAGCCUCACACACAAUGUUAUCGUAAUCCAACUCCAGCUUUUACUCUAUCUAACACUAGAUAUAGUUAUAGGAAAAGCUUCUACUGCUUUUACUGUCACCAUCGCCAACGGACGAGCUACAGCCCUAACUUUGGCUUCAGCUUCAAACUCCACUCAUAUUCAUAUCAUCUGCAGUGCCAGCUAUAGCUAUAUCUAUAUCUCCAUCUCCAUCUCUAGCUUUACCUGUAGCGUCGACUUCAUCUUCAGUUCCAGCUACUUCACCUCUAGCUCCUUGCUGCAUCUUCAGCUCCAGCUGCCACAUUUGCCACAAGUUUUGCUGCUCUUACUUGCUAAACAAACACACACACAUACACACACACACACAAA